UGGUACAGACAUCGCCAGCAGAGGCUGCAGGCACUGGAUAUGCCUCUCUGUGCCGGCUCAUGACUUAGAAUUAUUCAUGGAUGUAUCAAAGUGCCUGGCAGAAGGAGAUCCACAGGGAGUAACCUCCAGAGGACAGCACAGGACAGCGCAUACUGACCGGUUUCCAGUUGUACAUACAUACCCCAUGCCUCCAGUUUUGUUCUGGCUCCUCCUGUAUUCAUGUUGCCUCUGCCAGGGGCACUGCCAUCCGUAUGACAGACUGAGGGAGCAGAACACAGAGUUUGCAGUGAAGUUGUACCAGAAAAUUGUGACCACAGAGAACAGGACAGACGUGGUCAUCUCUCCAAGCAGUGUGGCCAGAUCUCUGGGGUUACUGCAGUUUGGCGCUCAAGGCAGCACCUUCACUCAGAUAGAGAAGACUUUGGGGUACAAUGUUUUUGAUAAAUCAGUGAAGAUCUUUAUGAAAAGCAUGCACAGGGAACUUACCAACUCCAGCCAGGAUACUUCCAUCUGUUUGGCUUGUGCCUUGUUUGUGCAAGCAGGGACACCUAUUUCCACUCAGUUUACAGAAUAUACUGUACAAUGGGCAAACAGUAGUCUUCAGCUGACCAACUUCACUGAGCACAACAGGACCGCUAUCCAGAUAAACCAGUGGGUGAACAGAAAUACAGGAGGUGGAACAGAGACUAUGGUGGCUGGCGGACAGUUUGGAUCCGGUUUUAUGCAGAUUGCACUUGUGAGCACAAUGUAUUUCAAAAGCAAGUGGAAAACAAAAUUCUCCUUCACAGAUACACAGACAUUGCCUUUUAUUAGCACAGAUGGAUCUGUAGUUAAAGUUCCCAUGAUGCAUCAAACUGCAGAUGUAGCCUAUGGUCAAUUUGAAACCCCAUCCCAUGAAAAGUUUACAGUAGUUGAGCUGCCUUAUCUUGGGAAUACAGUCAGCAUGUUUGUGGUACGUCCUACAGACAGGAAUACACCAUUAUCCUCCAUCGAGUCUAAUCUGACAUCAAAGAGCAUCACAACAUGGGCCAACACUAUGAAAAAAAUCAAAAUGGACAUCUUUUUACCCAGAUUUAAAUUAGAAAGCUACAGCGACUUAAGGAUGGCAUUGUCAGCUUUGGGAAUCUCAGAUUUAUUUGAUCCACGGAAAGCAGAUUUCAAAGGGAUUUCAGAACAGAAAAAUCUUUACGUUUCUCAAGCCAUACAUAAAGCACAGAUUGAGGUGGAAGAAGGCGGCACAAGGGCCUCAGGAGUCACAGCGAUGGUGCUGUUGAAAAGAUCCAGAAUGCCCGUGUUUAAAGCAGACAGACCAUUUUUCUUUUUCCUAAGGCAAGCAAGCUCAGGAUCUGUGCUGUUCAUAGGAAGAGUCACCAAUCCUUUGCACUGAAACGCGAUUAAAGGAAAUUGUCACCAGUGUCACCUGCACUAACCUGUUGUGCCGACAGAUAAUGAAGGGGACACUGAUGACAACAGUACUCACCUUGUCCCGUUCCAUGGCGGGGAUCUCCGGUAAUUUCCUCAGAUAGCUCCAGUCCCGGCAGCUGGCUUGGGGCACGGGUGGAGCUUACAGACGUCACCGCUGCUGCGAGACCCUGCAUAGAGCAGCAGCGGCUUGGGGCAUGGGCGGAGCUUAGUGACUGCUGCUCCCUGCUGGGUCCUGCUGUGAGAGAACAGCAGCAGUGACGUCAGUAAGCUCCACCCAUGCCCCAAGCAGGCUGCCGGGACUGGGGCUGAAGAUCCCCGCCACGGAACGGGACAAGGUAAGUAAUGUUGUCAUCAGUGUCACCUGCACUCUGUCGGUACCAACAGGUUAGUGCAGGUGAUGCUGGUGACAAAUUUCUUUUAAUGACAAACUAGUGUAAUUUAUAUUUAUUAUCUGUUUUGACAAAGUAUGAAACUUGAUAUUUAAUAGAGGUUUCUUAAAUAAAGCAUUGUUGUGUUUUACAAAUUAUUAUUGCUGCUACAAAUAAUCGCAAUUCUGGUUAGAAAUUGGAAAGUGUUGGACUGAGAGUGAACAAAGCAAACUACUUUAUUAAAAGAAAAAAAAUCCCUGUGAAGAAUAAUAUCGAAAGGGAACUUUGGAACACAGCUAAUAAAAAACAGACCCAGUUUGUCUAGGCCAUUGAUGUCUGGCUGGUAAUGUCCAAUAAAAAGGAGUACUGCAGCCAGAAUCGCCAUCUCUUGGACAGGACCCAGUCCCAUUCAAUUGUAAUAAAUAGAGCGGGCCGUCUAGAGGAAGACAACACGUGCUCCUGACUGAACGGGAUGGAAGUCACAGGAGACCCCAGCGCUGGAACCCCCCGCAAUCAGCUACUUAUCCCCUAUCCUGUGGGGGGUCUGACUGUUGGGACACCCCUCAAUCUCCGUGAGGGAAGCCCGGCUCUCUUAGUCAGGAUCACGUGUAGUCUACUGGUAGAUGGAACACACUCCAUUUAUUUAGCCCGAGUGCUGUACUCUGGUCUUUUGGGCACUCCCGUAGAAAUUGACCGCAUGCCCUCUGCAGUUCACACCCCUCACUGGGCAAGGGGUCUGGUUCAGGAGAUCGCCGGGGGUCACAGCGGUUGGACUCCCGCUAUCAGCUACUUAUCCCCUAUCCAACACAUUUUUGCUGGAUUUCUCCUUUAAUCUAACAGUUCACCCAGUCAAAAUCUAUUGCGUCAUUCUGGACAUCUAUCUAAUAUUCUCAAAAUGCACACCUCGUACUUGACACAGUAGGGGCAUUCCCCCUGGUGCAUAGUUCAGUCCGCCUGCUCUGGCCAAGGAAUACUGCCCUCUUAAUAAUAUGCGCUCCCAGAAACAGCUGAUCUGGGUGGUGAUGUCAAGAAAAGAAGGUGAAUAGUUAUGAAGGGGUGCAUAUUUAAAUUUUCGAUAUAUUUACAGAAUGGUACAAAAGAUUUUAACAAUGUAAACUGCAUUAAAUUCUACAUUAUCUGCACUUUUUAUCUGCACAUCUGUAUAUUUGUUUACUACAGGUGAUGCCAUUGUCGGUUU